AUGAUAAUGAAUGAUAGUAUUGAUGAUCUCCCAGAGGUUUUAUUGGUUGAAAUCAUUUGUCGACUUUCUUGUAUCAAGUUUGUUUUUCAAUGCAAGUGCGUGUCCAAGCGUUGGUGUGAACUCAUCUCUAGUUCUCAUUUUGUUGGGCAAUAUGUACGUCGCCAACGUGAUUUGAAAACGCCCAUUUUAGGUACUGUAGUUGUAGACAAUGGAACAUUCUUUCGGGUGGAAAACGAGGAUGGUCUGAUGAUCGAGGAUGGUCUGAUGAGUUUGCAGCUACCUGUUAUUUCAGAAGCCGCAGCAGAACAAAAAUUAUUUGUGGUAGGGGCGUGCAACGACUUAGUUUUGUGCUGCCCAAGCGAACUUGAUCAACGUGAUUAUUACAUUUGCAAUCCAUACACCAAGAAAUGGGUUGCUCUUCCUCCCCCUCCUCGAAUCCAUAAUUGGGUAAGCGUAGGGUUCAUUUGUGAUCCCUACUACAACUACAACUCAUCUUCCUCCUUCGAUGAUGAUGUUUCCAUCAAUGCUGAAUAUAGGUGGAGGGUUGUGCGACUACGUCAGGAGUUCUAUGUGGACAUCUUCUUUUCUGAGACCGGUGAAUGGAGAGAGUCCGCUAAUGUGGUAUGUGGCCUACGAGAUUAUUUUGAUAUCAUAACUGCUGGCGUUGCUUGCAAUGGGAAGUUGUAUUUUUCAGGUUCCGAUGAUGAAUCCUCCUAUAUUCUGGAGUUGGAUCCCUUCCAAGGUAUCAGUAAUAUCAGUACUAGUAAUGGUGAUGGUGAUGGCGAUCAUAUUAUUGUUGACAAAUGUCGGUUCAGUCUGGAACCUCUUGAUAUGUCGUCUGAAGUGCGAGGAAGUUGCCUUCGGAUGUAUCGGGUUCUUGGUGCAUGUCGAGGGCAUUUGCGGGUGACCGAGUUUGUGCUUGGUAAUCAUUUGAGUGUCUGGGAGUUGGAUGCAGGCGAUGAUAAUUUGAAAUGGCGUUUGGUGGUCGACAAAGCUCCCUUCUUCGAGUUGGAUUCCUCCUAUUAUGAUGAUGUUUCUUUGAGGCCUCUAGAUCAGUGUGGAAAAUUUGCGAUAGGUUUCCACCCGACUAUUGAGGAUACCAUCUACGUAGAUGCUAUGAAAAUUAUCAGGUGGAACUUUGGUGCAAGAAUGUUUGAGUUUGUUCCAGAGAUUCGAAGACGGGCCAUGCGUUGGAAUCUCAAUUUCAUCCACCCAUUUGUGCUCCCAUGGUGGCCCACACCCGUUCCUAUCCUCUAA